AGCUCGUUCUCACAUACACAUGCUCUACCUGUUACUAUGGUAAUGCAUAUGAGCUGAACUUUGGUCUGUUACCUGGUUGGGUAAAGGUUCAUAGUUCUGUUCUGACAACACGUAGGUUCAGGACAUGGCUGAAGAGCUGGAUGUUGUAGUAGUGGGCUCCUGUAUGACUGAUCUGGUCAGCCAGGCCCCUCGACUACCCAAAGCCGGAGAGACCAUCCAUGGACACAAGUUCUUUAUCGGAUUCGGCGGCAAAGGCGCGAACCAGUGCGUCCAGGCCGCUCGUCUGGGAGCCAAGGCUGCGAUGGUGUGCAAGGUUGGAAAAGACUUUUUCGGGAGCAGCUAUAUUCAGAAUUUUAAAGAGAACUCUGUAAGCACAGCUUUUGUGACUCAGACAGCCGAAGCCAUGACCGGUGCUGCCUCCAUUAUCGUCAACGAUGCAGGUGAAAACGCCAUAGUGAUCGUAGCAGGUGCCAACAUGCUGCUCGGGGAGGAGGAGCUGGAGCGGGCACGCUCGGCCCUGGGUAAAGCCAAAGUGCUGCUCUGCCAGCUGGAGAUCAGCUCACACAUCUCACUGCAGGCCCUGAGAAUGGCACGACAGAGCAACGUGAGGAGCAUCUUUAACCCCGCCCCGGCUAUUCCUGACCUCCACCCUGACUUCUACAAGGAAUCUGAUGUUUUCUGCUGCAAUGAGUCGGAGGCUGAGUUGCUAACGGGGGCUUGUGUAGCGUCAGUGGAUGACGCAGGACGUGCAGGUCUGGAGCUGUUGAGCCGAGGUUGUGCUGCAGUCAUUGUCACUAUGGGUCCACAAGGCUGUGUGGUGUUGCAGGCCUCGAACCCCAAACCCAAACAUAUCCCAACAACUCCGGUCAACCCAGUGGACACCACGGGGGCUGGUGACAGCUUCAUCGGAGCGCUGGCCUUCUACAUGGCCCACCACCCGUCACUGCCUCUGGAAGAGAUGAGCAGGAGAGCCAACCUGGUGGCUGCAGUGUCUGUGCAGGGCGUCGGCACACAAACGUCUUAUCCCUACAAGCAGGACCUGGCAGCAGAACUCUUUUAACUCAUCCUGGUUAUAAAAAAGUGUCUUCAUUCAUUCUAUAGAAAUAAACUCUGACCUCAAACACGG